GCCGGUAGUUAUGGUGUCUUUCACGGAGGUGUUGUGCCUCUUGCUCGUGGCAGUGCUGUGGGGUGGCACAAACCCUUUCCUGAAAAAAGGAACGGAGGGGAUUGAGGAGGUAAAGAAGGGAAAUGUCGUCCUCCAAUUCCUUGGGGAGGUGAAAUUUCUCUUCCUCAAUGUUAAGUACCUAGUGCCAUUCCUGUUGAACCAGAUUGGGUCCCUGGUGUAUUACCUCACGCUGGCCACAACAGACCUGUCCCUUGCUGUGCCAGUGACCAACUCUCUCACCUUCCUGUUCACACUGCUAACAGGGAGACUUCUGGGAGAGGAUAUUGGAGGGAAAAGAGCUGUCCUGGGAAUGUUCUUAACCAUGCUAGGGGUCACGCUGUGUAUCAUCAGCUCUGUCGGCGAGAAUAACAGCUCUGGAUAAAGAGAUUUGUCCCAGCUAAACACCAUAGAAUUCAAGCCACACUAGACCGAUCCCUGCUUUUUAUCAUUGAGUUCAACUGCAGAACAGACCCCAUAGCACAGGAUCCAGUCACUGAACUGACACAGACACAGAAGGACAGGUCCUUUUAAAUAGCAGUAACAUUGGUACUUGGUUGGUUAUGACUCUGGUUGCUUCAGACAUCCUUGAAAACACAUAUUACAAAUCAGAGAACAUUUGAGGUCUGACUGUUCAUGAAUAUUAUGCGGGCCAUAACGGGAAAUGUCUCUGGGACAGAAAAGGAGAGUAGAAUGGGCUGAAACGUAUGACUAGUCUGUAAUUCAUCCAAUAAGGGGACCUACACUAAUUGCCAUAGAAUUUAGCCUUGAAGUGGAGUAAUAGCCAUGACCAUUUAAUGACAUAGUGCUUUUCCAAAGAAAGAGAAUCUGUCUAUCCCUUCUCUAUGGUACUGCCCA